ACAAGCAUUUCGUCACCUUCCAUAUCCAUUAAACCCCUUUUUCCCCUUUCUCUAUUUCACUCACAUGUUCUACUCAACCUUUGCAAUCUACGCCUCUCUCCACACAUACAAACCAAUCAAAGAUCCUUCAUUUCUAACACAAUAGUAGUUGUAGCCAUGUUUAAUUGGCAAAUCUUAUUUUGAAAAUAAUAAUAAUGGAAACAGAAAAACAUCAUCGUACAACAAGUAACAAUAGUAGCACAAGUGAACUCUUUGUUUGUUUCACUUCACGUUUAUCUUCUUCAUCAAUGAAGCUUUCAUCAAAAUCUAUCUUAAGCCCUAGCCGUAGUAGAGACCAACCUCAGAUAUCACUCUCAUCUUCCUUAAGCAGAAGAUUAAAGAGCAACGGUAGCAUGAAAGGUGGUCAAGCUUCACCAAUGUUUCCAACAGGUGGAAAGAAAAGAGGGUGUGGUUUUGAGAAUCCAGAGCCUUCAUCACCUAAAGUAACUUGCAUUGGACAAGUUAGAGUGAAGACAAAGAAACAAGGGAAGAAAAUGAGGUCAAGGUCAAAGAGAAGAGGUGAAGCUAGUUUUAGAAGAGGUGGUGGUGAAGGAACAAAUCCAGAUCUAACUAGACAGAAUAGUCAAAGUUUGUAUCAAAAUCAUCAAAGUUUGCAACAAGAGUGUUUGAAACAUAGGAAUCAAAGAUGGGUUCAUUUGCCUUUGACAAUAUGUGAAGCUUUGAGAGAGUUUAGUUGCUUUUUUCCUUGUAGGUCUUCUUGUAUGUCAAAUGAAAGAGACAAAGAGGAAAAGGGUAGCUUAGAAGGAAGAAGAGGAGUAAGAUCUAGUGGUGAACAUAGUAGAGAAGGUUCAUGUGGAGCUGCAUUUGCAAGAUGGUUGGUGGCUUAUCAAGAUGGUGAUGGAAAAGGAAGAGAGAUUGAAGUGAUGGUGGAGCAUCAUGAUGAGAUGGAGAUGGUAAUGGAUGAUGAGGAUGAUGGUGGAAGAGAGAAAGGUGGUGAAAGGAGUUAUAGUCAAAGGAGACAUAUUUUUGAAGAUCUUGAUAUUGAUUUGGUUGAUGAAAAGAUACAAGAAGAGUUUGGUGGUGAAGUAGAAGAAGAUGAAGAGAAAGGUAGAGUUAGUAUUUGUGUUCCACCAAAGAAUGCUCUUUUGUUGAUGAGGUGUAGAUCUGAUCCUGUUAAAAUGGCUGCUUUAGCUAACCGUUUUUGGGAAUCACCUCUUCACAAAGAACAAGACCAAGUUGAAGAACAUCAUCAAAUUGAAGAUGUAGAACAAGCACAAGAUGAGGAUAGUGUAGAUGUGGAACAUGAAGUGGAACAAGAAGUAGAACAAGGUUACAACAUUGAAAUGGAGCAAGUUGAAGAAGAAACAAAACAAGUAGUAGAAGUUGAAAGAGUAUCACAAGUAGAUAGCAUUUGUGAAAGUGAAACACAAGGUAGUGAGGAAAACAAUGAAAUUGAAAGUAAAAUAAACGAAGAAGUUGAUGAAGUAGCCAAUGAAGAUGAAGUUGGUAAUGGAAAUGUCAUUGAUGAUGAUGAUAAAGUUGAAACCUUUCCAUGUGUUUUAGUUGAUUUACUUCAUGCAGAUCUUGAAAAACCAGAAACAGAAGAAACCCAUCAAAGAGAAGAUGAAGAAAAACAAGAAAGUUCAGAACUUUCUUCUUCAUCUUCCUCUUCUUCACCUGAAACUUUCAUAGCUUCUUCAGAACAAGAAAACUAUGAAGCAGAAGCAGAAGAAAAAGUGUCAACAGAGGAAGAAGAAACAACCCAUCAAGAACCCGACCCGGAAGUAGGUCUUGUCGUGUUACCGGAGCAAGAGAAUGGGUCAAAGAAAGAAGAGAGAGAAAGAGAAACAUUGCCAGAAUGCUUGUUACUGAUGAUGUGUGAACCUAAACUUUCAAUGGAAGUAUCAAAGGAAACAUGGGUAUGCAGCACUGAUUUUAUCCGGUGGUUACCGGAGAGACCCACCGGAAAACCCGCCGGAGUGGAGAAAAAGGUCACCGUGGAAUCAUCUUCAUCUACAAAGCCGAAAGUUAAAGUGAAGCCUGCUCAUCCGCCGUUGAUGCAGCCGCCGAGGUCUUCAUGUUGUUUGCCGGUGACCGGUGCCGGAAUGUCUAUGGCGACUAUGAUUGAACAGAAGUUGGUGGGUUGUUCAAAAUCUCGUAAUGGGUAUGAGCCGUUUGUUCUCACACGCUGUAAGUCGGAGCCGAUGAGGUCGGCGACGAAGCUUGCGCCGGAGGCUUCUUGUUUUUGGAAUAACCGGAAACUUGAGCCGCAUCCUCCUCCGGCGACCCUUGGUGUCGGAGCUCCGGCUGGUGUUGGGUUUUAGGGUUUAGUUUUUUACUUUUUAAAUCUCUUAUUUUUUUCUUUUCUUUUUAAUUGACAGAAUAAUUAAUGUUGUUAUUGUAUGUAGAUGUAGAUUAUUACUGUUAUUGCAACUUUGGUCUGCUUUGGGGAUUGAUUGGUUAUAGUCAUUUUACUAUUACUUUUUGUA